GGAAGUCAGGGGAACGUACGGUCUAUGCAGGAAACACCGUUCUGGCUCAGUGUUGGACACCUUCUCCCCUACACCAUGUCAGAUUCCAACUCAACCGAUUUCACAAACCCGUCCACCUUCAUCCUGCUGGGCAUUCCUGGCCUGGAGGCAGCCCAUGUCUGGAUCUCCAUUCCCUUCUGCACCAUGUACGCCAUAGCCAUCUUGGGGAACUUCACCAUCCUGUUCAUCGUGAAGAGGGAGCCAAGCCUCCAUGGGCCCAUGUACUAUUUCCUCUGCAUGCUGGCCGUCACCGACCUGGUCCAGUCUACGGCCGUCCUACCCAAAAUGCUGAGCAUCUUCUGGUUCAAUUCCAGGGAGAUCCAUUUCAGUGCCUGCCUCACCCAGAUGUACUUCCUUAUCAGCUUCUCUGUGAUGCAGUCUGGGAUCCUUGUGGCCAUGGCUUUUGAUCGCUACGUGGCCAUCUGUGAUCCCUUGAGACAUUCCACCACUCUGACAAACCCUGUGGUGGCCAAAAUUGGCCUGGCCGUGGUGCUGCGUGGCGUCAUGUUCAUAUUGCCCUAUCCCUUCCUGGCGAGUAAGUGGCCAUAUUGCAGAACCAACAUCAUUCCCUACACAUACUGCAAGCACAUAGCUGUAGUGAAGCUGGCCUGCACCGACAUCCGCAUCAGUAGUUACUACAGCCUCUCUGUGGCAUUCUUGGUGACCGGUGUGGAUGUGUUUUGUAUCGCCAUGUCCUAUACCCAGAUCCUCAGAGCCGUCUUCAGCCUCCCAACAAAGGACGCCCGCCUCAAGACUUUUGGGACCUGCAGCUCCCACCUCUGUGUCAUCUUAGCCUCUUACACCCCACAUAUCUUCUCCACCAUCACGCAACGGUUUGGACACAAUAUGGCCCUGUAUUUCCAUGUUCUCAUGGACAACGUGUGUCUCCUGGUGUCCCCCAUGUUAAACCCCAUCAUCUAUGGGGUGAGGACCCAAGAGAUACGGGAUAGGCUGCUCCAGCUCUUUACUCAUAAAGGAACCUAA